UGUUCAACCUUCGUGCGGCGUGUAAGCAAGCAUGCGUUUCUGCUUCUAGUGUUGGCGCCCACGAGUAUGUCGUCGAAAAAACGAACGCGCCUUCUCAUAUCUGUUGCAAUAUAGUUCGGCGACCAUCCAUCCAUCACUGCACUGGUCAGAGGGGAAACUCGCCAAAUCAAAAUAUUGAAUCGUUGAUAGUUCACGGCGCGCGGCCCACUUGAAGAGGAAGCUUUCGCGCGUGUUGUAGGCGGUGGAAUAAAGAAUGCAUGCGUGCAACGUCGAUCCUUCUGUGAUAGUCAACUGGCAGUUUAUAGAAAGCUGUUCUUGCAGAGCGUGAGGUUGUUGAUAAGGAUUAUAUUGUAAAAUGAAAUAUCGACAAGCGAAGCGUAAACAGACCGCACGAUUGGAUCACACUGAUACGGUGCCAGAAGAGCCGGCGCUCAUUCAAGGGUGAAGCAUAGUUGGAUUGUUGAUGACAAGCAAAUAGAAUCUACCGAAAUGGAAAACACGUCAUUUGUGUCAUCGUAAGGCGCUGGGGAAGUGAAGAAUAAUUUGGUUGGACUUCGACUGGAUGAUUAGUGAUGCGAAAAUGAUUACGAAGAUGAGAAGCUUGAAUAAUUUAAAAGUUGGUGUUUUCAUGUGCAUGGACAGAUAUGGCAUAUAUACGGAUAUGAAAUAUACAUUUUACAACUUUCGGUGAAAAUAUUAAUCUACCUCAGGUGGCCGUUCCUCUACUAAAAGGCUGGUACCGGUCGAGUAGAGAAUCAACAAAACCAGAAGUGGAUACAUUUGCCAAACAUGUUAGCAAGCACCGUAAAGACAUUUGUGGACACAAUGGAGCCAUCAACGCUGGACACGACAACGGUACGCGUAUAUGCCGAUCGCGUGACGGCCAUCAGCGAAGACCUGUUCAUAUGGGCCAUCAUCGACGGUGUGCUAAUGAUUUGCAUUCUGAGUGGGAACAUCCUCACCAUCCUGGCGGUGCGUUAUCAUCGGCGGUUGAGAUUGCUGAUUUCGAACCUAUUCGUGCUAUCGUUGGCCAUGUCGGACAUAUUUGUCGGACUGACGCUGCCGUACCAUCUAGCCUUCUAUAUGGGGAAUGAGUUGGGCCGGCAUAAACACUUUUGUUUGUUACGAUUCUUCAUCCUGAUUAUCGCAUGCAGUGUGUCCAUUUGGAACUUGAUUGCCAUCGCUGUGGACAGAUAUAUUGCCAUCUGCUAUCCGCUGCACUAUGCCCGAUUAAUGACGAAAAAAGUUGCCCUAGUGAUAUUGGGCUUCGGCUGGUGCCUGGCCAUCCUCAUCGCAACCAUUCCACUGAUUUGGAACAAGUGGGACACGGCGAUGGAGUGCGAAUUCGAUGAACUCCUUUAUCCCUGGUAUGUGGCGGGAGUGAUAACGCCACUUUUCUCCCUGGUGUGGUUUUGUUUGCUUCUCGUUUACUGGCGAAUAUGGCGUGAGGCAGCUAAACAUGCCAAACAACUACGAGCACACAACGCGCAGGAAAACUCAUCCGAUUGGAAAUCAGUACAGGUCGUCCUGAUUAUAAUGGGUUGCUUCACGUGUUGCUGGUUGCCGUAUUUUGUCGUAAUUUUAACGCAAAUAUUUUCAUUUUUUGAAAACAACUCAGCAAUUCUGUACAAAGCGGCCUUCUCCCUGGCUAUGGCCAACUCUAUGAUGAAUCCAAUGAUUUACGCAUGGAAAAAUACCAACUUUCGUAAUGCUUUUAAGAAACUAUUAACAUGUCGUAACCCAGAUCAACUGGAUUGUCCUCUAACGGGAGACAGCCCACGGGCCAAAUCGUCUAAAAAGGACGGGUCCAAGUCCACCGAUAAUACCCAAAGCAAUCGGAACGGACGGAACAACACAGCAUCGCGGAGUAGUCAACCGAGUGCAGCCGAAUCUAUGGCCCAAAUCAAUGAAAACGAAAUCACCGUCAUUUCAUCGCUCCACGACGAAGUAGUUCAAAACCAUACCAUACAAAUGUCACUGGGAAUGCCGUACAGCACAGAUGGCAGCAGCAUGACUGGACCGGCCAGUAUUACCACGCACAUUAUCAAAGGAAAUGUGAUAAUUAAUAACUAUAACCUCUAUGAAAGCUUUUUGGAUGUGAAAAAUGAGAACAACAGGACGAACGGAUCAUGUGCGAGUAGAAGCUCCACCACGAAACAGAAUGAUGGCGACAAGCCGAAACGGAAGACCAAUAAAUCAAAUGACAAUCACAGCUGUGAUAUUGGCGAUGAAACGGGUACAAAUAAUCCGAGUUUCCAGGAAGACGUUACACGUUUGUAAAUGUGAUCAUAAGUAUUAGCCACCCAUGAAUGUACAAACUCUGAGCGGACGGCAGUGAAGAUGGGAAAUAAAUCUAAGAUU